UUUUUUUUUUUUAAUUCACUUGAAUCAUACUAAAAGAAAAAUAAAACAAAAUGGUUCAAAAUCAUGUAAUUGAUUCUUUAUCAGAUCGUCUAAUGCGUGAUGCACAAAUCUUUGAUGACUUACUAAAAUUAAUACCCGCAAAGUUUUAUGUAAUGGAUAAAAAUGACGAGACUAAUAACAAAUUUCAACACAAUAAACGUAAGAAGGCACCUAAACAGGCAAUCAAAGAUGCUUCAAAGAAAGCAAAGAAAGCAAAACUUGAUCCAGAUAACGCAAAGUCAAUAGUGGAAGUGCAACAGGAAAAGGCAAAACAAUUGAUUGAAAAGGAAAUGAAUGAAUCUGAAAGUGAUUCUGAAAAUGAAGCAUCAACAAAUAACGAUAAUGAAUCAGAAAAAAUGGAUGUUGAUACAAAUGCUUUUAGUGGGCUUGUUGACAAUGAAUCUGUUAAAAGUGAAUCAACAACAACGGCAUCAUCAACAAAAGAACCAGCUAUUGUCCAACCUAUGGAAAAGAGUGAUAUUACUCAACUUCGUAACCGUCUUCAUGAGCGUAUUAAUGAAUUACGUAAAAAACGUAAUGCACCAGGUUCUAAUACUGCCAAGCCAAGAAGUCGUGAAGAUAUUUUAGCUGCAAGAAAUAAAAAGAAAGAAGAUAGAAAGAAGGCAAUAAAAGCACAAAAAGAAAAGGGUGGUAAAUCUACUUCUGAAGAACUUGUUAAAUUAGAUGUUAAAAAGCCUACAUCUGAUAAACUUCGUCCUUCUGCUGAUUCUAUUAAAAUGGAUGGUGAUGUAUACUUUGGUAAAUUAGCAAUCGGUAACGAACAAAAGAAAAAGAAGGGUCCUUCUGAUGCUAAGACUCAGUUGAAGAUGCUUGAGGCUAAGAAAGAAAAGAUUGAGAAGCUCAAGGAAGGAGAUAAAGCUAAAGCAAAUGAAAUGGUUGAAAAGGAGGAAUGGAAUAGAGUGCUUGCUUUGGCUACAGGUGAAAAGAUUAAAGAUGAUGCUAAAUUAUUGAAGAAGACCAUUAAGAGACAAGAAAAGGCAAAGAAUAAGAGUGGACAAGAAUGGAAGAAACGACUCGAUAAAGUUAAGCAAGAUGAAAUGAAGAAGAUUAAGAAGAGAGAGGAAAAUAUUAAAGUAAAAAUAGAAGAUAAGAAGAAUAGAAAGAAGGGAAUUAAAGCUAAGGCUUCCAACAAAGCACGUCCCGGAUUCGAAGGUGGUAAACGUAGCAAAGGUGGUAAAGUGACAAAACGCGGUCCCCCUAAUAUCAAAGGCAAGAAAUAAAUAACUUUACCUUCUUUUUUUAUCUGUUUAUUAUAUCUAUUUUUUUUUCUUUGUAAUAAAUUUGCAUGCAUAUAGAUUCUUUAUAUUUGUCUUUUAUUAACUAGUAACUAUGAGCAUAUUCCUAUCAUUUACUUUAUAAACAUUUUCAAAGCUAAUAAAGUAUAGAAGCUUUUUUACUUGUAC